CUGAUUGGUCAGGAGUUUGGACUGGCGAAUGGCUUUAAUCUCUUAUCUCGAAUUUAACCUGCUCCGGAGCAGGUUACGUUCAAUAUGUUACCAUGGUUAUUUAUCCCGGUAAGAAUAGAACCAGCUUCGUAAGAGGGAAAACCCGGGGUCAAACCUGAAGUUUCCUCGAUAUCCGCAAGUCCUGCGUCGUAGCACAGACCUCUGCUUCGGUAUACAGGCCUCUGGUCACUUAGCUGGCUUAGCUUAGCUAGCUGUCACCGGCUUGUUUUGUUCUAUGUAAAAGUGGCUCUUUUUUGACAUGAGUGUGUCGCUGGUUGUUAUCCGUUUGGAGUUAGCCGUCCAGUCUCCUUCUCCACAGGGUUUCCAAUACUCAGCUGUUGAAGGCAUGUCAGAGGAGGAACUGCGGGACAAAGCUCUGGGUUUAGCCAAACAUGCUCUGAGUGGAAAGAGCGAGCUGGAAAGAGAAGCGGUCCUGCACCAGCACAUUGGCAGCAGAGCCAUGGGGGACAUGGUUAUAGAAACCUUUGAACCCAGCCAAGAUAAAGGAGGAGGUGAAGACCCUGGUGGUUCAGCCGAGCAGGACGGUGAACUUCAGGCUGUAAACACUGAGGACACCAAGGGUUCACAGGAGGACGGUGCAGUGCCAGGCACCGCUCCAGACUCGCCCUCCAAGCAGCUGCCGGACCACAUCUCCUUCUUCAGCGGGAACCCCUCUGUGGAGAUCAUCUAUGGUAUCAUGCACCUGUACAAGACCAAUAAAAUGACUUCACUGACUGAAGAUGUAGGACGUAGUGCCAUGGUGUGUAUCCUGACUGUCCCAGCAACCAUGACCAGUCAUGACCUCAUGAAGCUUAUGGCCCCAUUUAAUGAUGUGAUGGAGCAUAUGAAGAUCAUACGGGACUCCACUCCAAACCAGUACAUGGUUCUGAUAAAAUUUUGCACACAGGCGGACGCAGACAGUUUUUACACGGCGUGUAACGGCCGCCAGUUCAACUCCAUAGAGGAAGCGGUGUGCCAACUGGUCUAUGUGGAGCGGGCAGAGGUCAUAAAGUCUGAAGAGGGAGCCAGCCUGCCAGUGAUGGAGCUCACAGAGCUGCCGAAGUGCACUGUGUGCCUGGAGAGGAUGGACGAGUCGGUCAACGGCAUCCUAACCACGCUCUGCAAUCACAGCUUUCACAGCCAGUGUCUCCAGCGGUGGGAAGAUGCCUCGUGUCCUGUAUGUAGGUACUGUCAAACACCAGAACCAGUCGAAGAGAACAAAUGCUUUGAGUGCGGAGUGCAAGAGAACCUGUGGAUUUGUUUGAUCUGCGGGCACAUCGGUUGUGGACGCUACGUCAGCCGGCAUGCGUACAAGCACUUUGAGGAAACACAGCACACGUAUGCAAUGCAGCUCACUAACCACCGUGUCUGGGACUACGCAGGAGAUAACUACGUGCAUCGACUGGUGGCCAGUAAGACCGAUGGAAAGAUGGUACAGUAUGAGAAUGAGGGAGACGCCUGUCAUGCUGAGAAAAUUGAUGCACUCCAGCUCGAGUACUCGUACCUGCUGACGAGUCAACUGGAGUCUCAGAGGAUUUACUGGGAGAAUAAGAUCGUUCAUCUGGAGAAGGAGACGGCCGAGGAGAUAAAUAACAUGAAGGCGAAGUUUAAGGAAACAUUAGAGCGCUGUGACAACCUGGAGCAGCGGCUUGGAGAAAUAACCAAAGAUAAGCAGGGCAUAGAGAAAAAGUACACACAGUUAAACAGUCGAGUGGUGAAGCUGAGCCAAGAGCUGAAGGAGGAGCAGGAGAUGAACCGCUGCCUGAGAGCCAAUCAGACGCAGCUGCAGGCCCAGCUUGCAGAGGAGGAACGCAAAGGAAAAGAGAGUGGAGACCGUAUGACUGGGACAAUUGAUGAACUGCAUGAGCAGCUGAGAGAUCUGAUGUUUUAUCUGGACACGCAGCAGCAGAUCGAGCACCUACCUGCAGAGGCUCGCAGUGAAAUCCAGGAUGGACAGAUCAACAUAGCCGCCGGCCCCGCGGACGGCACUCCGGGCUUCGAGGGAGCAGGCCCCUCCUCUGGCAGAGGCAGGAGAGGCCGGGGCAGGAAGAGGAAGUAGGCAGUCUCACAAUCUACUGGAAAGUGCUAGAAACUAUCGCUGCCUCUCAGCAACGCCACAUGGUCGUGGCUGUCUUAUCUAUUAACACGUCUCCAUCAUUGUGGUUCCCCAAGAAAGCACUCUGAGGAAAAAUGAAGUUUUGAUAUUAGGCAAUAUCAAGACUGUGACAUUAUUCACCUGCUCAGUUUUCCACCUUAACUCUGUGUAGUUUCUAUGAAAAGAAAAGUGGAACGUGUGGGUGUGUCAGUAAAGACACAGCAGCCUUUGUGGUUUCCAAACAUAUUGAACAUCUGUGGGAUUUAAAUAUAUUCUGCCGUUUGCUAAUCUACAAAGAUCUAAAUCUAUUUUGGGUCAUUAAUGGUAUUUAUAGUACUGGUUAUCAAAGUUUGUGACAUCUUUGUUUCUCUAGAAUUUUAAAGAUGCUACUUCUUCUUUUUGCAUGUGAGGGCUCGACAGAUAGAACCUGGUUGAUGAAUGUGUUUGUAUAAUUUUUAAGGAAAUUUAUAGUUUUGUCAUGCUUUUCUACUGUUAGUCCUUUUUUGCCUCAACUUUUUUUGUCAGUACUCAAGUAAAAUUCUGAAGUGUUUCUUCUUUUGCACACCAUUUAUUCUAUUUGUGAUAGUUUCUGAAACGGACACUGAAAAUGACUCGGGUUCCAUCUCUAUUAGCAAGACCACGGAAAGGUUGGGACCUACCUACUGUAGGUCAUGUUUUAUUCACCUAUGUUUGUGUAUGUGUGUAUGGUGUGAGGGUAUACAAAGCACUGACCACAUAACAUAUUUUGAAAACAUUGGGAGUCAUCUACGACCUCAGAGAUGAAGGGGGAAGGAAGUGAACAAGGCGUCAGUCGGUAGAUGAAUGAUGAACUGGCUGCAGUGUUGUGUGCAUUUCUAUGUAUUUCAUUAUUUAGCUUACCAUUUUCAUUUGCUGAAGCUUUAAUUGGAUCCCAAAAAAAGCCUUAAUUAAGAACUAUGCUGUUGAAAGUUUGUGGUUUGACCAAACUUGGCUCAAAAGAUCUAAAUGAUAUAUUUAUACUUGAGGUAGACAAAAGAUUAUGCAGGAGAUCCUUUUGCUGUAAAGGAGGUUUGAGUUUGCAUUUUCAGAAAUGUGCUAAAAGUUAAAUGAGAAGAUUGAGGGAGAUUUUGAUGAGCUAAGCUGAUACAUGUCUGGCUGUAGCUUUAUGUCUACCAUACAGACAUGAGCGUGGUACGAAGCAAGAAAGCUAAUGGGUGGAAUUAACCAUAUGCUGAAACAAGACAGUGGGAGAGGAUUCAUGUUCGAUGUGUCAGAGUCACUAUAGAAAACAAAAAGAGUAGAGAAAGAACUGAUUUGUAGUUCUUAGUGUAGUCUGCUGUUACACUGUCUACUUUGUUUUAAGAUGAUGUGGCGUGUUUGUUAUCAAAGCUGACUUUGAUGAGUCUAACUGGACAACGCAAGUUCAGCCCACGAAUUGAAGUUAAAUCCUCUGUCGCUGUUGAAAUUCAGUUUUUGUUGUUGGCUCUAAAACCGUGUUCCAAAAUUUCAAUAAAAGUUGUUUUCUAAACUCGC